GAAACACAUUGUGAAAAGGAUGAAACAUCCCAAAACUCAUGUGAAAGAAAAUGUUGGAUUCAAAUUUCUGGGCUAAUGAGACACAUCACACUAUCGAUCAGCACAGUUUCUUGUUUUUCUUGGAGUUGGGAAGUGGCAGUUGGUUGGCACCGGACUUCAUUUCUACAUAAAUACCGUUAUACCGAUUUCAGUCUUUCAGGAGGGGCUUCCACCAUUGAAGAAGACAAGCAAGCUCUGCUCGAGUUUGCGAAGAAACUCCCCCACUCCAGGGCUCUUGACUGGGACGAGAACCUCCCGGCUUGCAAGACCUGGACCGGGGUGACCUGCAACCGAGAUGGGUCGAGGGUGACUGGACUCAGGCUGCCCGGGAUUGGGCUUCACGGCCCAAUCCCAAAGAACACCCUCGACCGCCUCUCUGCGUUGCGGGUCUUGAGCCUCAGAUCCAAUGCCAUCUCUGGGGACUUCCCCGUCGAGUUUCGCCACAUGAAGGACUUGUCCGUUCUUUAUUUGCAGCACAACAAUUUCUCUGGCCCUCUGCCCUUUGAUUUCUCUGUUUGGAAGAAUCUCACUGUCCUUAACCUGUCCAACAACGGGUUUAACGGUAGCAUACCGGAUUCAAUCUCGGCAUUGAGCCACCUCACAAGCUUAAACUUAGCUAACAAUUCAAUCUCAGGUGAAAUCCCGGAUGCCCGCUUGCCCGCAUUGCAGCUAUUGGACCUGUCCUACAAUGAUCUCACUGGACAUGUCCCUAUGUCACUCCGCAGGUUCCCUAAAUCCGCGUUUUACGGGAAUGGCGUGUCCUUCGUUGACCUCCCCGUUCCCGUUCCGCCCUUCCAGCCUCACCGACCCGACAUUGGAACCAAGAAUGCUGGUAGGAGACUAAGUGAGAAGGCUUUGAUUGGGAGCUGCGUUGCGAUAAGCGCAAUGGCGAUUCUCGGGUUCGGUCUCGUGAUGGUCGCGUGUUGCCUGAGGAGGAGAGGGGAGAGGGAGGGGAACUUCAUGGGGAAAUAUGAGAAGGGGAGGAGGCCGGAAAGGGGGACUUCGGGUGGUGGGGGAGAAGACGCGAAUAACAACUUGGUUUUCUUUGAGGGGUGCNGGAGAGGGGAGAGGGAGGGGAACUUCAUGGGGAAAUAUGAGAAGGGGAGGAGGCCGGAAAGGGGGACUUCGGGUGGUGGGGGAGAAGACGCGAAUAACAACUUGGUUUUCUUUGAGGGGUGUAAGUAUGGGUAUGACUUGGAGGACCUUUUCCGAGCCUCGGCCGAGGUGCUCGGGAAGGGGACGUUCGGGAUGGCGUAUAAGGCGACUCUGGAGGACGCGACGACUUUGGUGGUGAAGCGGUUGAAGGAAGUUGGGGUCGGGAUGAAGGAAUUCCAACAACAAAUGGAAGUUGUUGGGAGGAUCAAACAUGAGAAUGUGGUUGAGCUCAAAGCUUACUAUUAUUCCAAAGAUGAGAAACUCAUUGUCUCUGACUAUUUCCCCCUUGGUAGCCUUGCUGCUUUGCUCCAUGGAAAUAUGGGAGAAGAAGAUAUGAUGAUACCAUUGGAUUGGGAGACUAGAGUGAAGAUAGCCAUAGGAGCAGCAAGAGGGAUUGCAAGAAUCCAUGAGGAGAACGGCGGGAAGCUAGCUCACGGCAACGUGAAAUCGUCGAACGUCUUUCUCAACUCCAAGCUCUACGGCUGCGUCUCGGACACCGGCCUCGCCGCGAUCGCCCCGUCGCUGCCGCCGCCCCUGGCGCGGGCGGCCGGGCACCGCGCGCCGGAAGUCGGAGACACCAGAAGGGCGUCGCAGCCUUCCGACGUCUUCAGCUUCGGCGUGCUCCUGCUCGAGCUCCUCACGGGGAAGCCGCCCGUCCACUACGCGGCGGGCGGGGACGACGCCGUGCACCUCGUCCGGUGGGUCCACUCCGUCGUCCGGGAGCAGUGGACGGGCGAGGUGUUCGACGUGGAGCUUCUCAGGCUCCCGAACAUCGAGGAGGAGAUGGUGGAGAUGCUGCAGGUGGCUCUGGCUUGUGUGGUGAGAGUGCCAGACCAGAGGCCUAAAAUGGCGGAGGUGGUUAAGAUGGUUGAGAGUGUCAGACAGGUUGAUUUGGUAAACUAGCAACCUCAAGAACAUCAUCAGCCAUUAUUGCUAUGGAAUCAAGAACAGAGCCCAGUUUUUUUUUUCAUUUUGAAAAUGUAAUCCAUAUGUUGUUAUGAUUUUGUUAUUGUUGUAGUGGUUCUGGAAUGCUUUUCCAGUCCCUCAGUGAUUGCAUUAGGGAUCUUAUGUGUAUCAGUGUAUGAGGUUAAUAAAAUAUUUCUAUUUUC